ACUGCGGAAUAUAUUGAUUGGUGACGUCACAACCACGAACCAUCGAGACUCCAUAAGAGACUGCUUUUUAUCUGAAAGUGAAUUUAAGCCUCAAAUUUUCAGUGUUUUGAUUUUGGUGUUGUAUUUUUGAGCCUUACAUGUUUGUGCUGCUCCAGUAUAUCAACAAAAUGAAAGGUCUUUUCCUUUUAAUGUGCUUACAUUUGGUAAAAGGACUUUCAUUGGAUGAGAUCCACGCCUAUCAAAAUUCUCCUGAGAGACGAGGAAACCUAUUGGAUGCUGUGGACUAUGACCAAUAUGCAGUUCCUUAUCCUUUCAGCUUGGUGCACCAAUCAGUACCUGAUACAGAUAGAACAAAAGAGUACACAACAUUCCGCGAUCUGAAGAAAAAACAAGCAUAUGUCGUUUCUGAGGAUGUAGCUCCCUCUGAUGGACUCUUCGCUGCUGGAAUCUCAAACAAACUGCUCCGUACACUUCAUGAACUCGACCGCCAGAUGGCGCAAAAGGAAGCAGUUAGUCGACAUCAGGACCCAUACAAUCAGUUAAUAAGACAUCAACGUUUUCCAAUAUCGGAUGAAGAUGCCAAAUCUUUUAUAGAUAGAAAUGAUUAUGACCAAGAAAACGCUUACAAACGUUCAGUCUACUCACUGGGACUUCGAUCGCCACCCACAGAGUCCUCUUUUUGGACAAAACAGAGAUUCAACUUUGCACCAGCUUUCAGUGACACCUAUAUGGGCAACAGAAAAUGGGCAGACGUAGACGAGCCUGGUCGAGAGUUUAACGAAAGACAGAAGACUCGUGCAUGGAAGGAGAACGGUGAAAAUGAGAUUUUCAAAGGUGAAGACACUGAAUAUGCUGACUUUUUCCCCCUUUCAACAUCAGAGAGGUCACAACCAAAGCUUCAAGAAAAUAGAAAAUUUCCAAGUUUAAAGCAAACUGUAAUAGAACCAGGUGAAAUGCGUGAAUUUUUACAAGCAAUGAGCAUGACCAAAAGGAAAAGCUUGAAUGAUCCUUUAAGUCGAACCAUGUUAUUAAUGAACAAGGAAAAGGACGACAGUGAAGACGUUUUCAAGUAUUUGACUUCUGAAAGUCAACGGCGUAAUAUGAGGAACGAACCAUUUACAAAUCGUUUUGAAAAUUCUGUUGGUGAAGGUAAAGAUGCUAACAUAGACGAAGAGACAAUUUCCAAUCUUGGUCUCGAAGAGUUGCCACCAUUAUUUGGAAAAACAAAACAUAUAACUCUGAAUAAAAGGGAUUAUAAAUUUGCCACCAAUGGCAAAUCAGCAACAAUGAGUGAGCUAAGAAAUAUAUUCGAAGAUGAUGGAGAUAAAAGAGCUUUUAAAAAAAGACGUAUUGAAUACCAAGGUGAAAAGCCAUCUAGAACAAAAAGUGGGAAAAACGAAACAGAUGAGCUACCAGUUCAUAGCGAAGAAAGCAUAAAAAAUGAUUUUUCUAAAAUAACAACAGAAAUAUCGACUACAGAACAGAAAAAAUCCAAAGAUCCAGAUAUAAAAGAAGAUUUCGAAAAAUGGUUGAGGAAAGAGUAUAUUAAGAACAUGGCCAAAGCACUAAACACUUUAAGAAAAAAGAGAAGUAAUAAUUGGACUUCAGUGUUAUCCAAAGACAUUGAAGAUUUCCUUCAGCAUGCUGGGAAUGAAGAAAAGAGCGUAAGCAAAAUAGAUAAAAAACAAGUGAAAAAAAAUGUAAAUAAGAACGAGAAUGUAGCAGAUGGCAAAGCAACAAAACAAGAAAGCAUAAUUAUAAAGGAUGGAAAUGAAAAGAAAGGCAGUCUGUCUUCUCAAAAAUUACAGUUUGAACAAGCAGCCCACAAAAUAAAAGAAAUAGAGAAUAGUAUGUUAAGUGCAGCAAUGAAAAUUAUGAAAAAGGGCGCCACUGAGGGCUUUCACUUGGAUGCCGAAAAAAUAUCUCAUAGGCUGGAGGCUGCAAGGGAAUUGGAUAACCUUAGACAAGCGUUGGCUCAUCUACAUAUGGCUUUAGAUAAAAUUGAACAAGAAGGUCAAGAAAAUGUAAAAGUCUCUUCUGAAGGUGAGGAUGAGUCUACAGAGAGAACAACACCUGAUCGGUCUUCUUUUAUGGAAAAGAUAACAGAACCAGAAGGUGGGGAUCACCAUGAAGAAUCCAAAGUGUUCCACAUACAACCAGCUGUUGAUAUGAACUCUAAAGUACUAAAGAACCUUGACCGUUAUAACACUGGACAGCCAAAUCAAAAAGAAGACAGCUGUCCACCUCUGAAACUGUUGACCAGUGACUGUGCAACAAUAGAUUACUAUUUACCUGAUGAAACGUUUCGUCAGAUGUUUAGUUGUUUGACAUUUCUAUAA